AUGACAGAGGGUGUCCGGAUACGGUAUACCAGACUCAAUCAGGUUUGUCGAAAGGCCUUACAACAAUCGGUAACUAAAAUCCAAAAUUGGGAGAAGCUGGCUUCUUGUUUCCCAACCUACACCGCUACUGACGCUGGAACGAGAAAUCUAAAUACAUGUCAGAAACAAGUGGUUGAGUUCUGGAUGGAACUUUCAAAAAGAGAAUUUGACGAGAUUUUCAGGGAACGAGAUAUCGAACGCAAGUUGAAUGAACUCGACGACUUGAUUUCUCGCGCCAAAACUGUGCAAAAGGGCCUACACGAAGAACAUACAGAUUUGCCCUGUAUUGACGAACUGACGCCAGAACAGCUUAUAAGUGGCAACAUACACGAUGCACGAACGAAACUAAUAGGGCAGCUGGGUGAUAGAGUCACAAAAGUUUCGAAUAUCAAUGGGGACUUGGAGCUCGAGCUACAAAAAAUCAAAGUGCUUCUUGACAAUGAGUCUCAGCAGCUAGAGGAGAUCUUAGACAGGAACAUGGGUCACGACUCAGAUACUUCAGAUGAAAUGUUGCAGCGAGGCUUGCGCGACAUGCUUUUAGAGCUACGGGAAGAACAGGAAGUGUGA